UGACAGUGCUGGCGAAGGAAUGAACUUUUAAGGGAGGGGAAAAAAAUACAACCAGGAAGUUAAACAUAGAGGGAGCCUUCGCUUCUCUUCGUGUUGUAUCAAGUUCUCCGCUUAAAAUAAUUAAAUACGUUUAAUAUCUUUGAAGAAAGUCUUUUCUGGGUUUCGGUCAAAGUGCUGGCAACAAGAUGGACUAUGACCUGGAGCGAGGGGGUGCAUCUGCAACACCAGAGCCACUGAACAAGAUGGAUGCCAUAAAGGGUGAGGUUGAUGCCGUCAAAAGCAUCAUGACAGAUAAUGUGGACCGAAUUCUUGCUCGAGGAGAGAGAUUGGAUGAUCUCGUGGACAAGUCGGCGGGCCUGCAAGCUGGGGCCCAGCACUUCAAGCAGACAUCCCAUAAAGUGGCUCGCUCCUACUGGUGGAAGAACGUCAAGCUCGUGGUGGUCAUCGUGGUGAUCGUCCUCAUCAUUGUCCUCAUCAUCAUCCUCCUGGCUACUGGUGUCAUACCAGUCAGUGCACCUGUGCCGCCUAUCGUCCAACCCACAGCCGCCCCCAGCCCUUAAAAAACACACACACACACACACAUGCAGCGAUUGUACAUACAGACUCAGUUUAAUCAUGAACACACUCUUGAUGCACAGUUACAAAAUAAUAGAACAUAUUAAUAAAAUGCUGCUUUUUUUUUUUAGGUCGAGUUGGUGACUUUCAGUUUUAUCCGUUUUUCAUGCUUUGGGACUUUGGCAGUUUACCCUUUAAAAAAAAAAAAAAAAAAAAAUCUACAUCCAGUUUUUUUUAAUUUGUCACCGUUAAAAGAUGCUGGAUGAAUAGGUGUACCGCACAUUUGUUACUUCGUUCAGGCCGGAAGGAUCUUCCAGCCACAAUGUGGAUGGAAAAAUAAACAUGGAGGCCAAACUAGGACUAAUGCUACCUUUACAAAAAGCAGCUUGUGUAGUUUGAAAGAUGGAAAAUGCAGUGCUUAUUGUUAUUUGACUGGAGAUGAACAUCUUACUGUUGAUGACUGUAUUCCUAGAAAGGCUGAGAUAGCCACAAUAUGUUACCAUUUGUGUGUUUUUUUGUGGCCGGAUAAUCGAGAAAAGCCGGUAAUUAAACUACAAACAAUGUUUCAAACAUAUACGCAUAACAAAGUUUUUAAAAAUGAUGAAACGAACCAGCUCCACAGUGAAGUCACCACCUGACAAUGAUGUGGUAGAAAAAUCGCAUCUUUGUCAUCCGCGUAAUCGGAUACUUUGCAGCUUUGAUUUGCGGUGUCGUCAGCUUUUUUUGCGUCAUUGUGUGUGUCGUUUGACAUGUUGCUUUGUCUUCCUGCUUGACCGUUGUUUCCCCCUUUUACCUCGUAACCAAAGCAGCGGCGGUCGCAUGGCGACGGGAACGCCCGCAUUUGGAGGCAGAAGAGCUUUUGGGGGGGUUUGUUACAUUGUGUCAGUAAGCAGACCAUAUAUGGUUAUACAGUGGAUCCCCGCACAUUCGCGUUGCCGCAUUCACGGCAGAUUUUUGUUUAAAACAUUAUUUUUAUAUUUACAUUUUUUCCCACGGAAAACACAUCUCAUUCCCUAUAAGUCGGUAAUAAUUUAUAAUAAUUUAUAAUACAGGUGAAAUAUACAGCAUACAUGUACCACUCUUACAUGUUUGUCUUUUUUUGCGUCAUUGAUAGUGUUUCACACUCUGUUCGGCGUUACUUGAAUGCACCGUAGUUGUGUGCUGAGACGCAAAAGUUUGUUUGGCUAUGGAAGCACUAGCUUCAACGGACAUGGAUCAUCUCAUGUUAUCAUCCAUUAGUGGUGAGUACCUAUACAUUUUAUACUUGAAUGUGUCGAAUAAGUGUGUGAGGCAUAUUUAGGGCUUAAACCUGGAUUGUGUUGCGAGUGAACAGUGGCAAUUGAGGUGGGGGUGGAACUGAAUAUAAUCCAGUAAGUACAACAGUCACUUUUAUUGCAAAUGUUGAUCAGAAAUCUGAUUUGGAGAGGUGGAGUGGGUCGCGUGUCAGAAAUAGACAUUUUUAUGGUGGUCCAGGAACGUAACACCCGCGAAUAGUGGGGCUCAACUGUAUAGCUCUUAUAUGUCUUCCUGCUUUAUGUUAAUGUGCGUCUAUGAUUUAGGGGUAUUUAUGAAAUAAAUGAUGUUGUGGGCUUUUUCUAAUCAAACAUGAACAACUUCAACUUUGUCUGGAGAAGGAAAAAUGUUUUUUUUAACUCCACUUUGCAUCAAACUCUUUUCAUGCUCCAGGUGUGAAGUCGUACUGUGAUUGUCUCCAUCCUCGCCUGACUCUGACCACUGUUACUGUUAUUGUCAUCAUGACCUCUUGAACCCAAAUCAGCUGACCUGUGAUCCAGCUUUUUGCACCUCAAAAUGUCUUGCAUCAUAUAUUGGUUUUAGUUUUCUUAUAUGAAAUAAAUGCAUUUACGUCUGCUA